ACUGUUUACCAGCCUACCCCAAAUUCCCCGACCCGCUCGCCGCAGGAAAUGCAAAUCGAGAGGCCGCGGCGUCCCACAUCCCCACCGCCGCCGGCUGCUGCUGCUGUGGCAGCGGCGGCUGCCAUGUCCUCAGUGCUCGGCGAUGACGACCUCCUGCGCGAGAUCCUCCUCCGCGUCGGCCUCCCCACCAGCCUCCUCCGCGGCGCCCUCGUCUGCAGGCGCUGGCUCCGCCACGCCUCCGACCCGGCCUUCCUCCGCCGCUUCCGCGACAGAAACCCAUCCCGCAUCCUCGGCGCCUACCUCGACACCGGGGUCGGCCCCACCCCACGCCCGCUGUUCGUCCCGAUCCGCCCGCUCCCGGAGCUCGCCGCCGCCGCCCGCCGCGCCGGCUCCUUCUUCGACGCCUUCAAGGGCUCCUCCGCGUCCGUCCUCGACAGCCGCGGGGGCCGCCUCCUCGUCACGGCGUUUGACGACCGCUACGACUCCACGCACUUGGUGUGCAGCCCGCUGUCCCCCUCGGGUCAUACGGUCGUCGUGCCGCCGCCCCCACCGCCGCCGCCGAUCCAGCUCACUAGCGACGAGGAGUGCAUCAUCUACCACUACGGCGAGAUCCUCCCAGAUGACGGCAACGGCCGGUCCUACUUCUGCGUGGUGAUGGGGUACAGCGAGCAGCAGACCACCGUGCACCUGUAUGAGUUGCAGGACACGAACUGGGUCGUCAGGGCCUCUGCGGCGGGGCAACUCCCUGUAUCGCCGCCGAAAUCUAGGGUUAUGUUCGUCGACAACGCCAGGUUCUAUAUGUUGUCCACUAUCAACAAAAUCCUUGUAUGCGAUUUCCCUUCCUCUAGUAUCUCAGCCAUGGAACUGCCAAAUGGGGUGGUGAACAAGCACAGCGGAUGCAUCAUGCUGUCGCGGGGAGAUGGUUCUAGAAUUUAUCUGAUGUACACAAAAGAAUCUCAGCUUCACAUCUUCCUCCGCGGUACACACAGCGAUAAGGCGAACUGGUUACUGGUGGAUACUAUUUGUUUGCUUCAGAUUUGCGCUAAUCUGGGGCUUGAUGCUUGGCCAAUUGUUGAUGGACACACUGAUGGUCUUAAGAUACACGCUGUUGGGGACAAUGCCAGGUUUGUGUUCUUGGAGAUGUUUGGCGCCGUUGUUUUCUUGGAUAUUACUAGCAAGCAUGCCGAGAAGGUGUAUGAGAUGACACCAGAGGAUAAGGGGUUGAUUAGUAUCUGUCCCUUGAUGACAAUAUGGCCUCCUGUCUUCCCCGUGCUGAAGGAAGGAUAUGACCAAAAGGAGUGAUCCUGCACAGGCUCAAAUUUACAGAUACAAAGAAACUAGAUUAAGUUUGGAUUUCAAGGGCCAAAAAAUGAGAAGCAUAACAAUAAGAUUGCUGAGUGGCCAGCUUUAUAAUGAGCACUGAGCACAGCCUAGUUUGGGGAAAUGCAUCAAUAUGGCAACAUUGAAUAAAAAAUAUUUGUCAUCUAGCAGAUAUAGAUCACACCAUUCAUGUAAAUAAAAUUAUCAAGCCUGAAAUCAUCUAACCCCUGCAUACUAGUAAUCGAGAGUGACAAUGCCAAACUUGUGUUCUUGGUGAUGUUUGGCACUAUUGUCGUCUUGGAUAUCACAAGCAAGCAGGAAGUGAAGGUAUGUGGGUGUCACCAGAGGAUCAGGAGUUGCUUAGUGUUUGUCCCAUGAUGCUGAAGGAAGGAUAUGAUCAAAAGGGGCAAUCCUGCAAGUUUUGUCUCUGGGUUUCCCCUGUCGUACUGUAGUCUCUUAGUAUCCGGUUUAUGAUGUGCACUGUGCAUUACGUUAGUCCCUUGUGGUUUGUGAUGUUUACUGACCUGCGUUAUACUACUUAGUUGCUCUAUAUCUGGUUUACAAUGUCCCUAGUGGAAACAAGUACAACUCAGUAGCAGAAAGAAUUGACAUGCCUGAGUUUUUGGUU